UGAUUGAUAGAACUAGCCCGCCCACAUCAUGGACACAGCAAGCUCCAAAUAUGGAGUACAUAAGUGUUCCAAGUGUGCGGGGGACAAAGAGUACCAUUGUGUAUCGUGUCCAUGUGAUCUGUGUCCACAGUGUGAAGAGAAGCAUGUAAAAGAUCUCAAAACAAUAGACCACGAUGUUGUGUUAUACCGUAAUAAAAUCAACAACAUCCCAACACAAGAGUUCUGUGUGAAACAUCCUAGCCAAGUUUAUAGAAAAUACUGUGAACUUUGUAAACUUCCUGUCUGUUACCAUUGCAGAAAACAUAGACAUCACAGUCAAAUAGAUGUUAAAAUAGCCUUUAAAACAAAGCGACAACAACACAGAGGAACCAUUCACAGUAUUAAAAGUGAUGCUCUCUUUUACAGACCUGUUCUCCUGUCACGAAUCAAAGCUGAUGAAAAAACCUGUCCCACAAAAUUAUCCCGCUAUCAAUCAGAGAUGUUAGCAAAGGCUCAGACAAUGCAUGAUUUCAUUGACAAAGUGUUAUAUGAUCUAUUGAACAAUGUGUUUCGUGACUUUAAUUUCAAACACAGAUGUUUUAAACAAAAGUUAGAGACGAUCGGACAUAUUGAGAGCCUACAAAGAUAUGAACACAAAUAUGUUCAGCCAGCAUUCACAUUCAGUGCGCUACAAUUCCUCUCUUCCAUAAAGAAAUACCUCUCCAAAAUACAUCUUACACUCCAUACUAGCCAGUUAUCCAUGACUGAGUCACUCGACAAAAGGAAUGUGAUGGAGUCACUGAGUGCAAUCCAAAUUACAGAGAAAGGAAGCCGACGCGUCGAAAACGAGUUUCUCCUGAAACUGACACCCGGUACUGAGUUCCAUCAAUCUCUCGCACUGACAGGUGUUGAUGACUGUUAUCACACUUCCUGUGUGACAUUUGACCGGGUCUGGGUCAGUGAUAAAAACAAUAUCGUCUUAACCGACACAACAGGUGCCAGUCUCUAUGAUGUGGCGGACUGUAGUAAUACAUCUGAUACUGGACUACACACAGUAAACAGUGAAGGUGAAUUGUUUUAUAUAGAUAGGAAGUAUAACAUCAAUAAACUAUCGAAGGAUAUGAUAACCACCAAACUAAUGAAAAUAACCGACUUUAGUUGGAGACUACUGAGUGUGUACUGUUCCCUGUCAAGUGGAGAUCUACUAAUUGGGACGUAUAGAAAGAAAACAAGGACAGGCCAUAUAAUACGGCACAGCCAGAAUGGACAACUGGCACUGAUCGUAAAGCACGACAACACGGGACUGGAACGGUAUAGUGGACCUCGCUAUUUAACAGAGAACCAGAAUGGGGAUGUCGUGGUAUCUGACUAUAUUUCCGUAGUGGUGACAGAGUGUGGAGGAAGUCAUCGUUUCGUCUACACAGGACAUCCAUUAGGAUCUCGUCUAUGGACACGUGGAAUCUGUACUGACGCGCUGUCACACAUCCUGGUGUGUGAUGGUACAACGAACACAGUACAGAUGAUUGACAGGGACGGUCAGUUCCUGUCACAUCUACUGAUAAGACCAUCAGGGAUAUUCAGACCACACGGCCUGGGUUAUGAUGUCAACACUCACCGUCUCUGGGUUGGAUCAUUGGACAACAACACAGUGGUUAUAUACAGAUAUAUCGCCAGACAGGACGACCUGACAGAUCUGAAUCCAGUCUCUCCUGGUUUGACGGAGUCAUUGAAAGAAAUCCAAAUCACAGAGACAGAAAACACACGACAUGGAUUUGAAGGAAACCAAUGUCAGUUAAAACUGAUGUCUCCCCCCAAAUUCUACCAAUCUCUCAAACUGACAGACGUAAAAAAUUGUUUUCACAUUUCUUGUGUGACAUCAGACCAAGUCUGGAUCAGUGAUGAUAAAAACAAGCUUAUCUUCAUAGACCCAACAGGUGUCUCUCAACAUUAUGUGUGGGAUUUAUGUAGUGAUAAAUAUGGAUUACAUACAGUGAACAGUGAGAGUGAACUGAUUUAUAUAGAUAGGAAUUAUAACAUUAAAAAGUUAUCAAGGGAUAUGAACACAACCACCACAUUUAUAAAGAGAACAGACUUAACAUGGGAACCACGGUGUGUGCACUGGUCCUCGUUUACUGGGGAUCUACUGGUCGGGAUGUGUACAAAGAAACCAAAGAAAUGCAAAGUUACCCGCUACAACCAUCGUGGACAGCUGGCACAAACCGUACAGUACGACAGCACAGGACUUGAACUGUAUAGCAGACCUCUAUAUUUAACAGAGAACAAGAAUGGGGAUGUCGUGGUGUCCGACUUUACAGCUGUAGUUGUGACAGAUCGUAGUGGAAACUAUCGCUUCACCUACAACGGACAUCCAUCAGGAUCAAGACUACGGCCACGUGGAGUCUGUACUGACGCGCUGUCACACAUCCUGGUGUGUGAUGUAUCAACAAAAACAGUACAUAUGUUAGAUAGGAACGGUCAGUUCCUGUCACAUUUACUGACAGGAUCACAGGAGAUUGGUGACUCAUGUGGCCUCAGUUAUGAUAUCAACACUCACCGUCUCUUGGUCGGAUCAGAGGACAACAACACGGUGGUAAUAUGCAGGUAUAUCACCAAACAGGACGCUCUAAGAGAUGAACGCACGACCCAUUCUGAUGGGGACGCCAUAUCUAGCCCAACAUAAGCCAUAUAAUGGAGAUAGCUUGGAUGUUGACAAUGUAAAUGUUUCUGUACAAAUCUUGACUGUUCUCAAAACAACAC